AUGUUUGCGGCCUUCUUCUUGGCCUUCUACUGGGGCGUCGCGACCUUUCGCUCCUACUACCGCUCCAUUCAGACCUUUUAUCACCAGUUGCUCAACUUCCGGCUUCAGGAUACGAAGUGCCACUGCUGCACAAGAGGACACAUUGCAGAGGAUGGCUCCCGGAUGCCUUGUGACCGUGAGAUUGUGGAGGGAUGUAUUUGCAACUGGUUCGGAAGCGUGCAGAAGUUUGAGGAGUUCAUCGCACCCCUCCUGCGCUCCACUUUCGAGAACCAGCUUGGACAACACCAGUUUCCCUACAGCUACUUCCUCGUGAUCUUUUGCCCUGCUGCCUGGCUUGCGAUGGACCUGAGCGUGGGCGCAGCAGAACCAGGAUACAUCGCCCGGUAUGAGAAAGACUACUGGUCUGUGUUCUGGUUUUUCCAGCUCUUGGGGAUCUGGCUCGGGACUAUGCCCAGCAUAUCCAAACUGGCCUCGGGCUCAGACAAACGCGGACUCUUCAAGUUCAAACGAGGUGAUAUUAGAGCUCUCUACCUCACCCAGUGCUUCUGUGCGCCGCGUCGCUACUUGAUCUGCGAUGUGUUCCUGAACGUCAUGAUUGUGUCCCUGCUGAACUUCUGCUUCUACCUCUUCCUCCACACCACGCGGUUCUUCAAUGACAAGCAUAACAGCCCAUUGAACGACCUGGACAUCAGCAUGACGGCUCGAGCCAUUCUGAUGUUUGUCACCUGGUUCCUCCUCUUCUCGAUGCCGGAGGUUCUGAAGUUGAUACGCUCCAGGCACAAGAAGCGGAGUUCACAAGAUGCCACCCAGGUCUUCCAGAGGGUAUCAGCCAAAAGGCUCUGA